AUGGCUGCGGAGGAGCAAAAGGUCCAGGACCCAUCCGAGUUCUUUCAGUCCAUCGGUUCUAAGGUUGAAGGCCUUGCGCCAAAGGCGAAUGGCGAGCCCGACGAGGACGAUGACUUCAAGCCUAUCAACGAAAUCGAAUCGCUUUGCAUGAACUGCCACGACAAUGGUAUCACAAAGAUUCUCCUCACUUCCAUUCCGUACUUUCGCGAAGUGAUCAUCAUGUCCUUCAGCUGCGAGCACUGCGGCUUUCAGAACAACGAAAUCCAGCCGGCCGGAACGAUCCAACCCAAGGGCGCACACUUCGAACUACGACUGACAGACCUGGACGACUUUAACCGUCAGGUCAUCAAGUCUGACUCCGCCGUUGUCAAGUUUAUUGAGCUUGACCUCGAAAUUCCCGCCGGUCGCGGCCAGCUCAGCAAUGUGGAGGGCCUCCUCACCACUGCCAUCGACGAUCUCGAGAUUGGCCUGGAAGCACGCAAAGAGCAGGCGCCAGAAGUAUACACCAAGCUCGUUGAAAUCAUCGCCAAGGGUCGCGCUAUGCUUGCUGGAGAGUCCUUCCCCUUCCGCGUUUACGUCGACGACCCUUCUGGCAACUCCUUCAUUGCACCGAAACUCAAGGACGGUGUCGGCAAGUGGGCGAAGCGUGAAUAUGCUCGCACAUCUGAGCAGAACGCUGCCCUUGGUCUGGCUGAUAGCGAUGUCAGCGCAGCUGUUGCCGCCAACGUGGGCGGCAUGAGCAACCCGGGCUUGACUGAUGAUGGCGAAAUUAUCCCUGACGAGGUUUACAACUUCCCCGCUACUUGUCCUGGGUGUAUGCACGCUUGUAUUACCCAUAUGAAGAUGGUUGAUAUCCCUCACUUCCAGCAGGUUGUCCUCAUGUCUACUGUAUGCGACGACUGCGGCUACCGCUCAAACGACAUCAAGACCGGCGGUGCGAUUCCCGAACAGGGCGAGGUCAUUACUCUCACCGUCGAAGACGAAAUUGAUCUUGCACGCGAUAUUCUCAAGAGCGAGUCAUGCGGGCUCGAGUGCCCUGAGUUGGAGUUGCACGUCACCCCCGGUACACUGGGUGGCCGCUUUACCACCGUGGAAGGCCUCCUCACACAGGUCCGCAACGACCUUCACAGCCAAAUAUUCGAAUCCAGCGGCCAGGGUGGUGACUCGGCCAACUCUUCCGACCGCCCGCAGUGGGAUAGCUUUUUCAAGAACCUCGACGCCGCCAUUGCCGGCGACAAGAAGUUUACUGUGAUCCUCACCGAUCCAUUCGCCAGCAGCUACGUGCAGUCCUUGGUCGACCCCCCGGCUACUGACCCCAAGAUUCAGCGCAGAAAGUACCAGCGCACGGCGGAGGAAGAGGAGGAGCUGGGUCUGAGCGAUAUGAAGGUCGAAGGAUACGAGGAGCAUGCGGAGAAGGACGGUGUCAGCGGCGAGUCCAAGGAAUAG